AGGCAAAGCUGGGACUGCCACAUCUGCGAUGUCAGAGAAGGUUCGGACCCGACUGGAGGAGCUGGAUGACUUUGAGGAAGGUUCCCAGAAGGAGCUAUUGAAUUUGACUCAACAGGAUUAUGUGAACCGCAUAGAGGAGCUCAACCAAUCACUGAAGGAUGCUUGGGCCUCAGACCAGAAAGUGAAGGCUCUGAAAAUAGUCAUCCAGUGUUCCAAGCUUCUUUCAGACACCAGCGUGAUUCAGUUCUACCCAAGCAAAUUUGUCCUUAUCACUGACAUACUUGAUACAUUUGGAAAGCUCGUGUAUGAACGCAUCUUUUCCAUGUGUUUGGAUAACCGCAGUGUCUUACCAGAUCACUUUUCUCCAGAGAAUACAAAUGACACGGCCAAGGAAACAUGCCUAAAUUGGUUUUUCAAGAUUGCUUCCAUCAGGGAACUCAUUCCAAGAUUUUAUGUGGAAGCAUCCAUCCUGAAGUGUAACAAGUUCCUCUCUAAAACGGGAAUUUCCGAGUGCCUACCUCGAUUAACGUGCAUGAUCAGAGGGAUUGGAGACCCGCUGGUGUCAGUGUAUGCCCGAGCCUACCUGUGCCGGGUGGGAAUGGAAGUGGCUCCACAUCUCAAAGAAAGCUUAAAUAAGAACUUUUUUGACUUCCUCCUUACAUUCAAACAGAUUCAUGGGGACACCGUCCAGAACCAGCUGGUGGUCCAGGGAGUGGAUCUCCCAUCCUACCUGCCCUUGUACUCGCCGGCCAUGGACUGGAUCUUCCAGUGCAUCUCCUACCACGCCCCCGAGGCUCUGCUGACUGAGAUGAUGGAGAGAUGUAAGAAACUAGGAAACAAUGCCUUGCUGUUGAAUUCCGUCAUGUCAGCCUUCUGUGCUGAGUUCGUUGCCACAAGGUCCAUGGAUUUCAUUGGGAUGAUCAAAGAGUGCGAUGAGUCUGGUUUCCCCAAGCAUCUCCUUUUUCGGUCACUGGGGUUAAACUUGGCCUUAGCUGAUCCUCCAGAGAGUGAUCGGCUUCAGAUUCUCAACGAAGCUUGGAAAGUUAUCACUAAAUUGAAGAAUCCACAGGACUACAUUAAUUGUGCUGAAGUGUGGGUGGAAUACACCUGCAAGCAUUUCACAAAACGAGAGGUAAAUACGGUUUUGGCUGAUGUCAUCAAGCACAUGACUCCAGAUCGGGCAUUCGAAGAUUCCUACCCUCAGCUUCAGUUAAUAAUUAAGAAAGUUAUUGCCCACUUCCAUGACUUCUCAGUUCUUUUCUCAGUGGAAAAAUUUCUGCCAUUUCUGGACAUGUUUCAAAAAGAGAGUGUGCGGGUGGAGGUUUGCAAAUGCAUCAUGGAAGCCUUUAUCAAGCAUCAGCAGGAGCCCACCAAGGAUCCCGUCAUUUUGAAUGCCCUUUUGCAUGUUUGCAAGACCAUGCAUGACUCUGUAAAUGCACUCACUCUUGAAGAUGAGAAAAGAAUGCUGGCAUAUCUGAUAAAUGGAUUUAUAAAAAUGGUUUCCUUUGGCCGUGAUUUUGAACAACAGCUGAGUUUUUACGUGGAGUCCAGGUCAAUGUUUUGCAAUCUGGAACCUGUUCUUGUGCAGUUGAUUCACAGUGUGAACCGGUUGGCAAUGGAAACGAGAAAAGUGAUGAAAGGAAAUCAUUCCAGAAAGACAGCUGCCUUCGUCCGGGCCUGUGUUGCCUACUGCUUCAUCACCAUCCCCUCCCUGGCGGGGAUCUUCUCUCGUCUCAAUCUCUACCUGCAUUCCGGUCAGGUGGCACUGGCCAACCAGUGUCUCUCCCAAGCUGAUGCUUUUUUCAAAGCCGCGAUAAGCCUUGUUCCAGAAGUUCCAAAGACGAUUAAUAUCGAUGGAAAGAUGCGGCCAUCAGAAUCAUUCCUUAUGGAAUUCCUCUGCAAUUUCUUUUCUACUUUAUUAAUAGUUCCGGAUCAUCCUGAACACGGGGUCCUGUUUCUGGUUCGAGAGCUUCUUAAUGUGAUCCAAGACUAUACCUGGGAGGACAGCAGCGACGAUAAGAUCCGCAUCUACACCUGCGUCCUGCACCUCCUCGCUGCCAUGAGCCAGGAGACCUAUCUCUACCACAUAGACAAAGUUGAUUCCAAUGACAGCCUCUAUGGGGGAGAUUCCAAGUUCCUGGCAGAAAACAACAAGCUGUGCGAGACGGUGAUGGCUCAGAUCUUGGAGCACCUGAAAACCCUGGCGAAGGAUGAGGCCUUGAAGCGCCAGAGCUUGUUGGGACUUUCCUUCUUUAACAGCAUCUUGGCCCAUGGGGACCUGCGCAACAACAAACUUAACCAGCUCUCCGUCAAUCUGUGGCACCUGGCACAGAGGCAUGGCUGUGCAGACACCAGGACCAUGGUGAAAACACUGGAAUACAUCAAGAAACGAAGCAAACAACCAGACAUGAAUCAUUUAAGCGAGCUGGCCCUCAGACUGCCUCUGCAAACAAGGACCUGACCCCUGGGCUCAUCCUCAGGCUCAGGGACUUUCGUUGCCAAGUCCAGAAAGACCUCCUUUGCUGCCCUAAACUCUCAUUGGAAUUUAGGUUUUUUGUUUUCAUUUUUACAUAUAUACAGAUUGGUUUAAUCUUUGACCUCUACCCAGGUUCUUCUGACAAUGCAGAAGUGGGAAUUGUCAGAGCAUUAAAAUCAAAUCUUCA